CUAAGAAAACUUUGGCCUCUUCCCCCUUCCAAGUUUGCUGGUGUCCCUUAUGAAACACGGGCCGCAGCUUUUACAGACCAGCUCCAUUUUCCCCCUUUUUUUUCUAGAAGGCAGCGGCCUGCCAUCUGGCUUCCCCCCACGGCCCCCCUGUCUGGACAGGGUGGGCACCAGGCUGCCCCACCACCCCCACCUCACCCUGCCUUGGCCUCCCGGGGCCUUGCGAACUUUCUGGGCAAUCUGAUUCCCUGCGGCUUCUUUGGCUGAGGAAGAAGAGCAUUUUGGAGAAGGUACCAUGCCUGAGCUGUGUCUCGUCUGUUGGGUGCUUCUCCUGGGCCUGGCACAGGCCUGUCCAGAGGCCUGCGACUGUGGAGAGAAAUAUGGCUUCCAGAUCGCCGACUGCGCCUACCGAGAUCUGGAGGCUGUGCCGCCCGGCUUCCCAGCCAACGUGACCACCCUGAGCCUGUCGGCCAAUCGGCUGCCCGCGCUACCAGAGGGCGCCUUCCGGGAGGCCCCGCUGCUGCAGUCCCUGUGGCUGGCCCACAACCAGAUCCGCGUGGUGGCCGCCGGCGCCCUGGCCCCCCUGGGUCACCUGAAGAGCCUGGAUCUCAGCCACAACCUCAUCUCGGACUUCGCGUGGGCCGACCUGCACGCCCUGCACGCCCUGCAGCUGCUCAAGAUGGACAGCAAUGAGCUGGACUUCAUCCCCCGUGAUGCCUUCCGCAGCCUGGGUGCCCUGCGCUCGCUGCAGCUCAACCACAACCGCCUGCACACGCUGGCCGAGGGCACCUUCGCGCCCCUGGCCGCGCUCUCCCACCUGCAGAUCAACGACAACCCCUUCGACUGCACCUGUGGCAUCCUGUGGUUCAAGGCCUGGGCGCUGGCCACGGCCGUGUCCAUUCCCGAACGUGACAAUAUCGCCUGCAGCUCCCCGCAUGUGCUCAAGGGCACCCCGCUGGGCCGCCUGCCCCCCCUGCCCUGCUCCGCCCCGUCCGUCCAGCUCAGCUACCAGCCCAGCCAGGACGGGGCCGAGCUGCGGCCGGGCUUUGUGCUGGCCCUGCACUGUGACGUGGAUGGUCAGCCGGCCCCUCAGCUCCGAUGGCACAUCCAGACCCCGCGGGGCUCCGUGGAGAUCGCCAGCCCCAACGUGGACGCCGAUGGACGUGUCCUGCCCAGCGCCCUGGCGGCCGACGGCCAGCCCCGCUUCCAGGCCUUUGCCAACGGCAGCCUGCUCAUCCCUGACUUCGGCAAGCCGGAGGAGGGUAUCUAUAGCUGCCUGGCCACCAACGAGCUGGGCAGCGCCGAGAGCUCGGUGAACGUGGCCCUGGCCACCCCGGGCGAGGGGGGUGAGGACGCUUUGGGGCGCAGGUUUAAUGGCAAAGCGGUGGAAGGCAAGGGCUGCUACACCGUGGAUAAUGAGGUUCAGCCGUCGGGGCCUGAGGAUAAUGUAGUCAUCAUCUACCUCAGCCGGGCCGGGACCCCCGAGGCUGCCGUGGUCAAAGCGGGGGGCCCUGAGCAACGGCUCCCUGGCCUGCUCUGGCUGGCCCAAAGCCUGCUCCUCCUCUUCCUCACCUGCACCUGCUUCUAGCCCCGCCCCCUCCCCCCGGGCAGGCCUCCCGCACUCUAGUAAGGGCCACUGGGGCUGGACUGGGCUCUGCAUUCUCCUACCUCCCCUUCCGAACUCUUCUGGAACACACACCCCAACCCGUGCACCCGCUCAGAGCUAGUGACUGUGUCAGGGUGCAAAUUUGCUGCUGCUGCUGCUGCCACUGCCGCCAGCAUAACCCAGGGCCCCGCCUCUCACUGGGGCAGCAUGCUAACAAGGGUGAUGUCCUCACUUGCUGGAAGGCUGGAUGUCUGGGGCCUGCAGGGGUGUGGCCAGGAGGGAAGGAUGCAGGGUACACAGGAAGGAGAAGAGGGCGAAGGCAGUGGGGACAAGAAGGUCCGCAAGGCUGACCCCUGGCUGGUGAUUUCUGACCAAGACUUGGGGCUCCUGGAAGGCCGGGCCUCCUUCUCCGGCCACCCCAGCUCCCCCAGCCUUUGCCCUCCACCCUGGACACCUGCCCUUCUUUUCUCUACAAAUCCACACGCAUCUGUUCCCAUCAGCCUGUUGGUGGCAGAGAAAUAAA